AUGCCGUCGAACCUCGAUCCCUCGUCAUUCGGCAUGUCUCUUCGAGCGCUGUCGCCCACCGCAAACAUGCAAGCACCGAAUUCGAGCUCGCUGAAACCACCGGUUUCUGACCCCCCAUCCCCAUCAUCCGACGGCGGGGCAAAGUCGUCGAGAAGCUCACCGGCCCAAAACAGUUCCCUCGAAUUUUGUCAACACGAAGACGACGCAGCGGCUUCCCGCCCGACCGAAGCCUCCGCGCAGACUAGCUUCGAGACUUUUGCCAGCCUGAGUGCCCAGGGCGCGUUCUCUCUGAACCCGUUCCUGGGCAGCCAGCUUGGUCCCGCGAUUGGCCCGUCCCUCUUUGCCUCGCUGGGCACAACAGAGGACAUACAUCAUUUCGUGUUCCGAAGCGUGACGCAGAUGAUGGGGGACCAGCUGACGGCCGAAAGCAUUGUGCGAUACUACUUCGGGACGGUUAACACGUGGUUCACCAUCGUCGAGAGGUCCGGGUUCGAGCCGCGGUUCGGGCAAAUGUGGACAGAACCAUCAGCAGAAACUGGACUGCUGGCAUUGUCAAUGCUCCUGAUCGUCCGGGCACCGGAGGACACGCCGGGGGUGUCGAUGCAAAACAGCCUUUACCAUUCCAUAAAGACACUCUGCGGUCUCGUCGCCGCCAAGGAGCCCAUGUCCAUACCCCUCCUCCAGGCGAACCUCCUGGUGUGCCUGUACGAACUCUGCCACUUCAUGCCACAGCAAGCCUACAUGACAUUGGGAUCAUGUGUCACCAUCAGCCGCGCAUUCGGCUGGCUCAGUGAAUCCUUCUGGAGACAAGAUCAGUGGAUCGUUCGGCCAAGGGUGCUGAAGGCCUAUUCUAUCAUCUGGUGGUCUAUGAUGUUUUUGGAGAGUGGCAUCCAGGCCGAGGAGCUCGGGUUCCCGCGCAGCGUCCCGGUACUUGACUUCCAAGUCCCGUUCCCGGAACACCUCGACCCAUUCCUUCCCCUGUCGCAGAACCAGCAGUACGGCGGCUCCACACAGCGGCAAGUGUUCAGGUUCGCGGACGACGGGGAUGACAAGAUUGACACCAUUGUCUUCCCCGAGGCCAAGUCGACCUCGAUGCUCCUCCAAGUACUGCAAAGAACAUCGGGCCAAGCCGGUAUGACGGGGGCCUCCCGCGAGAGUUUGACAAAUGCGAUGAUGGACCAUGCCCGUCACAUCGUCUCCACACCCUGGAAGGACUCCAGCCGAUUUGCCGCUCUGAGUCUCACAUAUACCGCGAUCCUCAAGCUCAAUCACCCGUAUGUCGGGAUUGCAAGCCCUGGAACCACACACGACGCCAUGGACAGAGCCGCGAUCCAGACCACACUCCCUGUCAUCGAGUCAAUCUGCCAUAGUGCAAGGCUCAUGAGCUCAUCGGGCAGCCUGUCGUUCUUGGGUCCUUUGGUGCCCCCAAUGGCGUACAGCGUGUUCCUAGGUGCCAUGAUCCUCAUCAGGCUGGGCGAUGUAGUCAUGCACGACCCGGAGUGGCCAAGCAAGGUCCAGUUGCUUCGAGGCUGCCUCGAAGUAUUCGCGAAACGAUGGAAGAUUGCCGAGAAGCAUUUGCAGGCCUUGAACGCGGCUUUCCAAACUCACCUCAACCAGCUGCACCCUCGAUGA